AUGGCGCUCUCUUUGCGAGAUGGCUCUCGGCUCAAACCAGAUAAUCGCCUCGCCCAGGCGGUAUCCGAGUUCGAGGCAGCUCUUACCUCUGAACAAAAAGUCGCGUUUAGAGCCUCGCGAUCGUCAGCUGCUCAGACAGCCCCAACUAUGUCUGAUGUGAUGCGCUUGACCGCCGAGAUGGACUUGAAGGCCACGACCAAGCAUGGUCGUGGGAGAUGCUUUGGCCCAAGAAUGACGAAUCUUCUUCAAGCAAUCCAGCAGUUCGCUGCGCUUGGCGAUGUUGUUGUUGGAGGCUCGCAAAAUAUCAUUGCGUGCGGUGUUUGGGCUGCUGCAAGAAUGACCGUUCAUGUUAUAACUGGAUACUUCACGUAUCUGGAAAAACUUUCUCUGUUGUUCAUGGCUGUCGGUCGAAACGCUCCGCGCUAUCAAGCUAUGGCCGCAAUUUAUCCCAAAUCGAAGAACCUUCAACGCUAUCUGUGCGAAUACUUCAUCAUUGUUACCAGACUAUGCUUUCAGUCAAUCACAUGGACACGGAAGUCCGCCUUCAGCCGACUCUCGACGUCUAUUAGCGACCCAGAUAUGAAAGAAUUCCAGUCAGAGCUUGACAUAUGGUCAUCAUCGAUAAAGGAAGAGGCCAACCUCUUACUAAAUCAGAAGGUAGACGAGGAGGCCAAAGAAAAUGCGAAAUUUCGCUCGCUCACAACAUUUCUAUCCGAGUCUUCGUCACAUCAGCGGAGAAUUAAGACUUGUGCUCGUUUUCUGCAGGCAUGUUCACAGUACGACUAUCGGACCACGUGGAAGCAAACAAGAAAAUCUGGAACUACUCGUCUUUUGGAAUCCUUCUCUGAGUAUCAGCAGUGGCAGUCUGACCAGUCCAGCCAUGACUCGGUACUAUUUCGUGGAAAGCUGGGAGCUGGCAAGUCAGUCCUUUUAGCCAAUGUCGUCGACGAUUUAAACCUUCAGAGUAAUGCGAUCGUUUUGUAUUUCUUCGCUCGUUAUGAUAGACCUGAUGGCUUAAAUGCUAGGACAAUACUUGGAUGUCUUAUCAGGCAGCUUCUUGAGCACUUCGUCGCGAACAGAGACUUUGAUCAUAUUUUCCAAAAGAAUGUAACCAUCCGGGACGUGGAUGAUAUUGUGGAGAUAUUCAAGCAAGUUCCACAACACAACCAGCGCGUCUUCAUCGUUAUCGAUGGUGUUGACGAAUGUCCCAUGCCGGAGCAACACGCCCUGCUGAGGGCCUUAUCUGUUAUACAACCGCAUGGCUACAAGCUCUGCGUCUCUGUGAGAACUCUUGAACAAAUCCUAACAUGGAAAGAUCACUCUUUUAGAUUUAAUGUCUCUAUUCCAGAAGACAACCCAGACAUCUCGGACUAUGUUCAAGUUGAAGUUGCUAGACGGAUUCAAGAAGGCAGGCUUAUUAUUAAAGAUCCAAACUUGGUCCAGGAGGUUAAAGAGCAACUUAUAAAUGGAGCAUGUGGCAUGUUCCUUUGGGUCUCACUGCAACUUGAUUCUAUCUGCGCUGAGAUGACAGACCAUGCAAUACGCCAAACCAUCCAGAAUCUGCCACGGGAUCUGACAGAAACCUUUGAGAGAAAUCUCGCCAAGGCCAGCUCAGGCGAUACCAAGGGUUAUCACAUACGCAUCUUUAAACUUUUAGCUUCAGCAAGAGAACUACUUACCACCGAACAGCUUCGAGAGGCUGCCAGCGUUGUAGUAGGACGGACAGCGUGGGAUCCCGCAGAACAGAUCAGUCGCAUUGAACGAGUCUUGAGAUUCUGUGGAAGCCUAGUAAUGGUAGAUGAGGAAGAUGACACUGUUCGUUUCAUCCAUCAUAGUGCGCGGAGCUUUUGCCUCAAUGCACCGAACCACGCUGCCGCAUGGACCUUUAGUGAGGAUGAAGCAGAGAGAUCAAUGGCAGAAACGUUGGUGACUUAUCUUAGCUACAACGUCUUCGACACAAGGUUAACCAGAAACGUUGUACCAAAGAUUGAGGCGAAUGAUAUGCCCAAAAGAGUGGCAUUGAGCACCAUAAAGACAAACUCAGUCGGAAAAGGUAUCGCCGACCGACUUUUGAAGCUGCGGUCUCAACUAAGGCAUGAUGUUGGACCAGUCCUAGCUGAGUCUGUCAAGAGCCACUGGAAGGAUGAUUCACAGCAAUUCUCCUUACUCCCUUACGCGAGCAAGAACUGGAUCCUUCAUACCUCCCAUGUCGAAUACCUUGAUCCACUAUGUCGUUGGCAUUAUUUACUUCAACAUCCAACAUUUGGCAUUGAUCUCACCAAUAUACCAACUAAAUUCAUACUUGAUUCGGCUGUACGAUUUAUGCCAUCAGCGAACAUAAUAUGGGCUUUGUCGCAUGGCCACCUUCUACUCCUGAAACAAGAACUUGCAAAAGAACGAGGGGCUCGAAUGAUUCAGUCUUACGCAACGUUUUGGACCUUUUUGCGGCACAUUGCGCCUGAAUUUAUCAAUACUGAUAUGGACUAUGGACUCGUCAAGUGGCUAUGUCCGAUGCUUGUUCAAUUACGCAUGAAACAUCCAGCCAAGCGACCGCUCUUGUUACGACUCUCCGUCUUUGAUGAGUUCUACAUGCGGAUAGUCCGAUCGGCUAUCGACUCAUCUGACAUAGAGGCGGUUACUACUCUUCUGUCGCGCGAUGAUCUUGAACAAAGUCAGUUUCCUUCUCUGAGUGAAGCUUUAAUAGAGCUCGCUGUCUCAUCUAGCAACGUAUCCCUUCUCAACCUGCUGAUACAGGAAGAGUUCGCAGUAGACUUCAGAGCAAAUAGCGCUACAUUCUACAAGAUCGUUACAUCAGGGAUGCCAGAACCCCUUGUAGCACGAUUUGUUCACUGCUUGCUUCAAGGGAAUAUUGAUUUGUACUCCUUGUCAGAUAGUGACUUCUAUCUUACACUCCAACUUUUGAGGCUUAUCGGUUCCGAUGAGGUCCCAAAGCUACUAGAGAGGAUCCCAUGGAGAAAGUCAGAGCGUCGUCGUCGCAAGAUCAAUCUCCUGCUACAUAAAGCAUGCAUGAGAGGAGAUCUUGGCAUGGCACGGAUGCUGACUUCAAUCGGCUGUGAUCCCAAUACCUGCACACAUGACGGCUCAUGUCUGGAUGUAGCGCUACAUGGUAUCUCACAGGAUAGACUGAACCUUGUGUGGCAUCUUUUGGGGUCCUCUGCACUACCCAGUUAUGCCAACCUGUCCCGGGUAGUAUUACUACGGCAGUGGGCGUUGGUGCUAUACUUUCUGCCACUAAACAUAUCCUUGAAUGACUCUUCAUCUCCGCUGUUCAAUCGCCCAUUUUCUGCUCCAAGCUUCAAGAUCACGGUGAAAGAUUUGGACGAUAUUGAUUGCCCAUUUCUUGCCGAGACCCCUCCAAGGGCUCAGGGUAUUGGUAUCAUCACCACUUUGUCACCGCUACCGAUUCUGCAGUCUAGAGCUUGGGAUGACUGGAACUUCUACUUCGUGACGAACUUCCACAGAGAAGAUGGAUGGAAACCAAUUCAUGAUUCUGAUGAGAAAAGGUUAUGCGAAAAGAUUCAUAGAACGUUCUCAUUGGCAAACACAUCGAAAGUCCCAGUGCCAAAUAGGAUUGUUCAAGGCUCGAAGGUUCUAAAAACGCCUAAAGCAAUUGAGAGUUCAAUUGAAUUCAUUCACUCGCAUCCAGAUCUCAGUCCCUGGAUCAAGCUGACCACCCCCAACACUUUGUCGAUUAUCGCUGAAAUCUCUAGAAGAUGGAGUUGGCUAUCUUCUAUGGAGUCUGGUCGGGAGUUUGCUCACAGCUGGGCAGCCGAAACCACAGAAGAAUGGUUGCAUGCGAAGUGGGAUGAGUAUGGUCAAUUAGACAGUCUAGGUCUCUGGAUGCUCCCUAAAAUUAUCGAUGCUCUCGAGAAACGUCGCCAUAAGUAUGCCGUUGUUCACGAUGCACUUACCGAUGCGCAAUGGGCAGUCAAAGAGCUCCAGCAGUCUUAUCGUCUUCUUCAUAAUCUACCCCCAGGAUCCAAAUUAGACAUUUUUGAAGAAAGGCUCCCAGUCAUUCAUCUACCACGGUUCCAACAGUGGGAUUCAUACCCUAUCAAACUAUAUUCUUUUUGCUUCGCCUAUAUGAGUGUUCGUAUCCAAUGGCUACGGACAUUGGGGUUCAUGUUCAUGAAGGGACUAUUGGCAAAAGUCAGGAUCCCUACGGACCUCUUACUGGAACUUGGCGAUACGGUGAUGGUUCUACCAGGCGCACUUGAACUAUCGGAACAUGAUGCAUUUGCUUCACAUAAACAUGGUAUCAUGCCAUCGGUACUUGAAGCAGCAUUUCUUGGCCCUGAAUCUAAACAUGUUCUCGAGGAUCUCAUUGAAAAACAUCCGCAAUGGGUGAAUGAAGUCAUUGCCUGGAUCGAGGAAGUGGAUACCGGGAUUUUCACGUGGUCGAUGAGCCAGGACGGGCCACUAUCCUUCCCAAGAGCUUUCCAGUCUUUUAGAGACAUAGGCACAACUGAGAGAGAUAUGGAGCGUUUGGAAGACGCUUUGGAGAUGUCCCGUCACAGGGUUCCAGAGCUAGAAUGA